ACCUGACUUCGUUUGCUGUUUCCAUGGCUGCAGAGCAGGAAGUUUUCAAACUGUGUAGCUAAGUUUGUGUGCUGAGUGGUCGCUGAUGUUAGUUAUCCCACCGCCUGUCCCACAGCAGUGAUUUAAAAUUCCUCAGAGGCAUACCCAGUGCUUCUGUACAUCUGAACUCAUGCUGAGCAGUUGAAAUAUCUUCAAAAAGACUUCCCUUGCGAGACUAAGCUGCGACAGAAGUGUUAUGAUGCGGACGGUCUAGGAUCCAAACCAAAAGCACACUCAACCCUCUUGGUUGCUCGUUGCAUGUCUUUUUGUAGAUCUGGUGCAAGAUGUCGAUGCAGAAACAUCUGAGAGUCACAGACUGCCAUGACCGUUCAGUGACUGCUCUGGGAUAUCACUUGGCUCGAAGAGAAUUCCUGACCGGCUUUGAGGAUGGCGUUAUUAAAUGGUGGGAUUUGGAAACCGGACAACUGACAUUUUCAGUCUUUGAGCAUACUGGGAUGAUCACUCAGCUCUUGUACUGGGCGGAACACAAACUUCUUUUCUCAGCAUCAAAUGAUGGGACAAUUGUGGUGUGGACUGUUGGGGCCACCGUCUUUGACCGGAUUAAGUUAAAUGCUUCGGUAUUUUGCAUGGCCAUAAAUCACUGGAGGCACCAGUUCAUCUGCGGAUUCAAAAAGCAGCUCAGGGUCUUUGCUUUGGAUGUGAAGAAGGAUUCUGGUCAUGUGUUGGAUUUGGACACAUGCUUCACUGAUCGCAGGCACAAAGACAUUGUGUCGGCUGUGGUCUGUAUUGACACAAGGAUAUACUCUGCUGGGUAUGACAAGAAAUUCAUCAUGUAUAACACCAGCUCGUACCCAAACAGCAAAACCCUGCAGGUCAUCUACUGCAACACCAAUGCUCAUGAUGCGGGUAUCACAAACCUGAUGGUGGUCCAAGAACACGAGAGCACAAGGCUGAUUACGGGUUCCUUCGAUAAAAGUGUGAGAGUUUGGUCACAGGAUGGACAGCUGAUCAUGAAGCUCCCUCACUUUGCCCAGUUUAUAAGCAGCCUCUGCUUUGUGCCCUGCGUGAACUCAGUGUGGAUCUGCAGCGGCCCUCCGACCCCCUCUGUCUUCGACCCAAGCUCUGGGGAGAUUGUUUCUGAGUCUGUUGAAACUUUCCAAACAUCUGAGUCUGGACAACCUUUCCAUCAACUGGUCUGUAUCCCAGAGACUAACCAUGUGAUUGGUUCUAGCCGGCAGCACAGAGAUGUGACGGUGUGGAAAUACAACAAGAUGGGCUGCGUUGCAGUCUUACAAAGCAAACAGCCUGUGGAAUGCCUGACUUACACCCAGAAAGAGCCUAUACUCUUUUUCAGUGGACACAGUGAUGGGACGAUUCUAAAAUGGGAAAGGCAGCAGUCAUCGUACUUUCUCUACAGCCAUGAAGUGUUCAAUAUGUUUGAAACACCAUCCAGAGGAAUGGACAAGUCCAGUACCAACAAAGUGAGAAGGAAUAUCAGUUGCCGAAAAAUCCAUUCAGUCUAUCACCUUAUCGAUGUUGCCCUGAGUGGGGAAAAAGCAUCAUCUGGAGUCACAGCAUCCAAUAAGACUGUUCAGCCACCUAGUUUUACCAGGGCCGUGUUUGUGGAAGAGUUGGACUUGCUGGUGCUUGCUGCUGACAAUGGGAAUAUUUACCUUUGGGGCUUUGAUGAUUCCCUUUCUGAUAUCCUCAAGAUGAUGCCUUCAAAGAGGAGCCGAGAGCAGGAUAACACAAGGAGAUUUGAAGUCUUGCUGGAUCAAACUGUUGACAGAUGGUGCUCUGCAGCUGAAGAGGAAAAUGGUUCAGUAAAUGAUCGAGUUUCAGGGUUCAUCUGUAAGAAGGUAUUGUCUCACCAUGUUCAGCCUGUGGGAGGAAUCGCUGUAGUUAAGAGAGAUCAAGGCUACAGCACGGAUUACCUGAUCUCGGGUGGCUGGGACAGGAGAAUUUGUGUGUGGGAUCUGCAAGCCGGUGUGUUACAUAACACAUUCUCCAACACUGCGCCGGAAGAGAGGAGCAAUAUUCAAGAGCUGGCCUGUGAUGGUGCUAUUUUAGAUCUUGCCUACUGCCCAAAGUGGAAUGAAUUUGCCUAUUCAUCGAGUGAUGGGAUGAUCUACAUUCGCCGCUUCAGCCCCACCACAAGUGAAAUGAAGCUCAUGAGUGUGCUGCAGGGUCAUGAGGCAGAUAUCACUGCUGUCUUGUGGCAUUCUCUCUUAAACAAGUGGCUUAGUGGUUCAGACGAUGGGAGUAUUUGCUUAUGGAAUAAAGACGGAACAAAAUGUGAGCAGGGCCUGGUGACGCACGGAGCUGUUAAUUGUCUCUGUAUCGACCAGGUCAAUGGGUGCAUUCUGGCUGGGAUUCAGGAGAGCUUGAGAGUUUAUGACCCAGAGUCCUUUGUACAAGUGCAGAGAAACAUUGGGCACACAGAUUCAAUCCGCUCCAUCAUACACAUCCCUGAAAGGUCUCAGUACAUUACUGCUUCUUGGGAUCGCACACUGCGUGUCUGGAAUUCUUACAUCAAACCUCCCAACAGAAGCAACAACAUGAGGGAAAAUGCAACAUGCUGAGAGGGAACAGCGAUGGGACAUUCAACACAUUUGGCAACUGAGUUGAAAUUGCUCUCACCAAGUGAGACAUGAGAUGAGCAGUGUUUUGUAAAUUGUAGUCACGUGAACGCAAUGACGAGGUGAGCAGGUCACAAGUUGGAUAUUCUCUUAACUUGCUUCCUGAUUCACCAAUGCCUUUCCGCCAUCCAUGAGUCAGAAAAUGCUGCGGGUUUUGUCAUAAAUCCAUGACCUCUACUGUCUUAGAAAGACAAGGGCCACAGUUGGAUAGAAACCACAUUACCUCCAAGCUCCUGACCAACUCAUGCAUCAUCCUGAAUAUUUUGCUAUUCCUUCAUGUAGCUGGCCAAACCUGAAAACAACCCUGGAGGUAAGUUCAUUGUAUGCAGUGCAGGGGUUACAAAGGCAGCUCACCUUUACCCAUCUUCUCAAAGACAAUGGCAACGAUAAAUAAGUCUCUUGCCAUUGCUGAAGCACAUUCCAAAAAUUGAUUUUCUUUAAGUUGUGAAGAACCAGGGUGAAGCUGCAAAGCCCUGAUUACAGACAGUCAGGAAGCCUGGGAAAUAUACAAAAAUAUACAAGAGCAAAAAGAUGAUGGCAAAACUUUAAAAAAUGCAUGUUAGGCUCCAAAUGGUGUCCAAUUUUGGCUGAAUGCUACUGGAAGGAUGUGAAGACACUGAAGAUAUAGAAAAGAUUUACAAGUAUAGGGAGAGGCUGAAUAGGCUGGGGUUAUUUUCCCUGGAACAUUGGAUGCUCUGGGGUAACCUUAUAGAAGUUUAUAAAAUCAUGCGGGGCAUGUAUAGGGUAAAUAGACAAGAUCUUUUCCCCAGCAUAGGGGAAACCAAAACUAUACGGCGUAGGUUUAAAGUGAGAGGGAAAAGAUUUAAAAGGGGCCGAAGAGGCAACGUUUUCACACAGAGGAUGGUGUGUAUCAGUAUGCAAUGAACUGUCCGAGGAAAUAGUGGAGGUCGGUACAAUUACAACAUUUAAAAGGCACCUGGAUGGGUCCAUGAAUAGGAAGGGUUUGGAGGGAUAUGGGCCAACUGUUGGCAAAUGGGACUAAAUUUAAUGAGGAUAUCUGGUCAGCAUGGACGAAUAGGACUGAAAGGUCCAUUUCGUGCUGUACAUCUUUGUAAGUCCAAGAUAUUUCAAUGAUGAAGUUAAACAUGUGAAGCUGGGAGUGCCUGGAAGAUAAGGUUGAUUUUUGAUCUGGUUGCUCAAAAUCAUGAGACGUCUGGAUAGAGUAGAUCCAGAGAAGCCAUUCCCAUGGGAAGAAGGGUCAAGAACUUGAGGGCACUGUAAGGGAAUGAAUUUAAGGGUACAAGAGGAAAAAUCUCCCUCUUUACAAAUCUCAUUGGUAUGAUUGAAAAAUCACUGCCUGAUGAUGACACAUUCAGCCAUGGUUUCCAAAAAUAAAUCGAGUCAGUAUCUAAAGAUGACCAAUCGCAGCAUUACGGAUACGAGGUAGAGGAGUGGGACCAGCACUUGCAGAGAGCUGGCAUGGAGACAGCCUGCUGUCAUAACCAUUCUUAGAUUUUCAAAAGGCUGUUGCAAAGCAGGUGGCAGAGGUUAACAGAUAUAAUUUGCUUCAUAGAAAGUGCUUGUAAUUCCCCCUCUUUUGACUGGAGUUUUUCCAGUUACUGUGUUUGCUUCUCAACCUUACUAACAGUUCACCAAAGCCUACACUGUCCCGUGACUUAAUGGGUAUUUCAGCUCUUGUCAACAGUGAAAGAUCAGGUAAAAACCGAAAGAACUGCGGAUGCUGUAAAUCAGGAACAAAAACAGAAGUUGUUGGAAAAGCUCAGUAGGUCUGGCAGCACCUGUGAAGAAAAAAAAUCAGAGUUAACAUUUCAGGUCCAGUUCUGAGGACCCGAAACGCUAAGUCUGAUGUUUUUCUUCACAGUUGCUGCCAGGCCUGCUGAGCUUUUCCAGCAACUUCUGUCAUUUGAUUGCUAAAAGACCAGGUGUCUUCCUGAACGUGCCACAGAGAUUUUGUUUGCUAACCUGAGCCAUUAUUAAAAACAAAGGGGAGAACUUUCAAAUGUUGGUUCACUUAUAUUUGUCACUCAUGGUUAAUUUAUUGAGAAGGCUUUGUCAAAACCAAAUGGGGACCAAAGCUAAAUAAAUUGUAAAUUCAGAGAUUUCUACAUUUUCAGUUUCCAAAGACAUUAAGGGAUAUUGCACAUGGAGAGUCUAUGGAAUUAGUUCAUGGACCAGACAUGAUUUCAUUGAAUGGUGAUGGAAGAGCCUCAACGGGGCUGAGUCGCCUCAUGUUACUUUAUUUCUAUAAGAAGAGCAAUAUGCAAUGUGCACACAUCCUGGCAAGUGCAAUUCUUUUUUCUGAAAUCUGCCUUAAACUUAUUGAAAUCUAAUAACAAAACUGCAAAAUUCACUCGGUCAAACAGCCCAGACUGAGACUUUUGUCCAACUAUCUCAAGGGUGUCUUUUCU